UUCAAUAUUCCAGUUAGUCUUUGAAUCAUAUGAUCAAAACGGUGUGGAAAACAACCAAGACAUUGAGCUCAGGUGGUUAAUGAGCUCCCCCUAGGACGAUUGUUCGGGAGAACCCGAGUUCGAUUCUUGGUGGAAAAAAUUAUUGGCUAGACUUUACUUACCUCACAGACGAACUCUUGAUCAAUAAUUCUAUAUGUAGUAUUAGUCAGAUUUCGAGGAGUGGCAGAUACUCUUGCACGGUGUGUGGCCUUACCUUGAGUUUUAGUUCUCUUCCCUCUUUUAAUUGAUGAUUCUUUAUUCUGAUGUAGUAUCAAUCAGUAUGUUAAUAUAUUUAGUUCCAUCAGGAAUCACCCACUACAAGUCUAUUUGUUGUGUUUUUGUUCACAGCAGUGGAGUUCAUGCCGAACACUACCAUGUUUAUACAAGUCCACUUUCAAAUCGGUGGCUAUCUACAAUGUCAUUGUUGGUGAAAGAAGUCUCUGCAAAGGAGCUGCUUGAUUUUCACGGAAAAAUAAGAUGGUUAAUCUCAUAAGGAAAUCGUCACAGGAAGCUCCAAGCAAUAAUUCUCCAAACACUCUCCUCAUGAAUGCUGAACGAAAACGGCCUCGACUCGAGGUCUCAAGUUCACCUCUCGUACAAAUUGUUGGAAACAACCAGCCUAAUUCUUCGGAAGGGAGGGAUGAAAUGUGGACAUCGUUUGUCCCUAAAAUCAAUGGUAGUGGUGAUGGUGAUGCCACUUCAAUAUGGGAUGAUCAUUUCCCAUUAAGAGAGCUUAUUGAUAAGCAUUUCAUUCAGAAAGAAAAAGUUGAGGAGUUGGAUUUAGAAAGAGUACUCCAAACAAGCUUGGCAGAAUCCGUUCGAUCAAACUUCCGUCUUCGUGUUCUUGCGGGAAAGUUUCGUGAUAUGGAAAAGAAAAACAAGACUUAUGUUGCUGAGAUUUCUGAAUUGCAAAAGAAGUUGUCUGAAAAUGAAAAGAAUUAUGCUGGAGAGGUUAAUGAAUUGGAGAAGAAGAAGAAGAAGAAGAAGAAGAAGAAGAAGAAGAUGUCUGAAUACGGGAAGAAUAUGGCUGAGAUGACUAGUCUCAAAGAUGAACUAAACAAACUGAAGAAAUCUUUGGAAGAAUCAAGUGUGGAGAAGAGCCAAUUGGUAGGAAGAGAAAAAGACUUGAUGGAGGAAAAUUCAAAUUUGAAAACAAAAUUAUCGAUAGAAGAAGAUGCUCACAAGUUAGUUGUCGACAAGUUGAAAGCUGAGAUUGAAGAGUUGAAGGGUGAAAAUAAACUGCAGUACAAAGCUGGCUAUGAUAAGGCGAGAAGCCAAGUUCUAAUUUUUACAACAAGACUUAAUGUUGACUGAACUAAAAUUAUGCAGGGUAAAGAAGUUCUAUAAGGUAGUUAAGAAAUUAGUUGUUGACAGUAGCAUAUUGAGAGGAUGCCCUUUAAAACUUAUGUAUGUAGCAGGAGUUUCUUUUUGGGGUUAAAUAUUUUGGAUACCUCUUAAAACUUACAUGGUUUUCUAGUAGUCUGUUUUGGGACUCUUUUGGUUUAUGUAAAAUAUAUGGUGUUUUGGUUUAUGUAAAAUAUAUGGUGUAUGAAGUAUGAACUCCGGCUUUAUGUUUUAAAAUAUGUUUUCAU